AAAUUCUCUGCGGAUGCACGGAUCUAUAUUGAACGGAUGUCAAUGCGAUGUCGUCUUUCAUUCAGACUGACUCCCAGCUGGUUCUAGCCAACUGAACACGGAUGUGGUGACGUUGCAUGAAUACAUCAGGUAGCAGGAACACCGUAUAAAAAGAGAAAGUUUCCAAGAAACCCAGUGAAGCAAUAGCAAGCGGCAGCAAGAGCACAAGAGCCAGCGAAAACUUUCAACGCUGCUUUCGCUGAUACAGAAAGUAUUAAAGAAGAUUUUUAUAUUUUAAAUCCUCCUUUUUAACUUACUGACCAACGCAUUCAGUACCAUGGACAGCAUCCGAGCGGCAGUUUACCUGAGCCUUUUCCUCUCGCUGCUUUGCGUCUGCAGGGGUCAGAUGUCACUGGACAACCGGCUGACCACGCAAGAGGAGCAGUUCAUCAAACGAGACCUGGCUGAGGCGCUCGAUGAACUUUUGGAUGGAGAUCAGGACAAUCGGAUAUCUGUGGAGAAAAAAGCUAGCGUCAUUCCAAGGUGUGACGUGGGCGAGCGCUGCGCCAUGAAACACGGACCGCGCAUCGGGCGACUAUGCGACUGUCUGCGAGGAACCGCCUGCAAUACUUUCUUCUUGCGCUGCUACUGAUGGAGCUCGAGCAACUCUCUUCUCUCUCAGGCUCUGUGCUUAGAAGCUCGUGACCGCAACCUCGUCUAUUUAAGUUUUAUUUUACGCGUGACAUGACAUGGGUGAUGAUGUACUGAUACUGUUGUAUUGUUCGUAUUGACUAUGUUUAAAUGUCUUUAUUUUCUGUUAAUAAAAUGUCUUUAAGGCUCA